ACAGUUUUGCAAGCACAGAGCUUUGUAACUGAGGACGCAUAGUGAUAAGCGAAAUAUUAUCGAAAAUGCGCGAGCAAACAAACGAUGCAUCAAUGUGGCAUUUGUCAAUAAGCCCUAGUAUUGGACCUUAACAAUUUCUGCAGUUUAUUGGCAGCCACAACACAAAACGGACAUGAAAAUUAUAUACUCGUACAUAACAUUGCUAUGGAUACAAUUGCUGGUGGCAGACGCAUCACGGACUCUGGACAGCUUGUCGGAUUAUUUGGAGAGCCAUGAUCUAACCGGAGUGGGUAAUACUAAGCACUGCUUUGUCAGCUAUUUGCCGCAGUUGGAGCAAGUGGGCGACACCUGGUCGAAGGAGUACAAUGCUUGUGUGCAGAAUGCGACCACAGUGCGUGGCGAUGUGUUGACCAAAGUGGAUGGUGUGCAGCAGAUAAUAAGGAAGAGUGCACAGGGAAUAGACAGCUACAUUGAGAAUUGCCUGGCUAUCGAGGAUGUCUUGGAUUUCUUCAAUUGCUUUGGCAGUCUGUCGAAGCAACAGUUGACAAACAUGUACGAGAUAUCCUUCAAUGCCUCGGAGAAUGCGUUGAGCCUUACACAGCAGCUGAAUGGCAUCGAGGCGGAGCGUUACCUCUGCACCAAUCGCACCGAAGAGAACUAUGUCCUGGGCACGGCAAACGUUUUCGAUGCUCUAGACAAAUGCCUCCAGCAGGCAGCAGCAAAUGUUGUGAAAAUUGUAGAUUAAAGUAAUGUUUUUGCU